AAAGUACCAAUAAUAGCCCUCCGGCCUCAUGAAAAAAAAAAAGAAAGAAAAGAAAAUAAGCAACCAAGAGUAGCCCUCGUACCAUCUAUAUAAAAGAGGACCAAGCUAAGCUAGUUGGAUUGAUAACCUACACUGAACGCAAUUGUUCCCGUGAGUUGUUCUUUCCCCUUUCCAAUUAAGUUCCAGCGCUCCCCUUCUAAAUUUUUUGCCCCUUGGAAUUCUUGUGAUUCUCUUAUUACAAAUCUCAAUUUGCUUCACUUCCUCAAAUCCCUAUAUAGUUAGUAGUAGUACUUUCUAUCAUUCCUUACACACAAAACAAAAAAACAAAAAAAAAAAACCAAUAUAACUAAUUUCAUGAAACCAUGAGUAACACCAUGAGACCAAGAUCCCAGGUCAUGUUUAAUUUGGUUUACGACCGAGGUUAGCUUAAACUCUACUCUAAGUACUCAGUAGUUUCAUACUUUGUACCAUCAAAAAUUGUCACAACUCAAGUGUAUAUACACAUACGUGUAUACAAUACUAUACUAGCUAGCUAGACUUUUUUUUUUGUUCAACAAAGACAUGGAUUUGAUGAGUAUCAAGGAGAAAGAAGACGGCGGUGGCGGCGGCGUCGGGAGGAGCAAGAAGAAGGGUUUGAUUUUCAGGGCAUGGAAUAGAUAUUGCAAAUCACUUGGUGGUGGAAUGAAGAGGAGCAAAUCGUGGCCUUCCGGAAACCGGGUUGCCCCCGAAGGUAGUUUUUGGGUGUACGUUGGAGAAGAGAAGCAGAAAUUUUGCAUAAAAACCCAGUGUUUGAAUCACCCACUCUUCAAGAUUUUGCUUGAGGAAGCUGAAUCCGAGUACGGGUUCACCAUUGAUGGACCUCUUGAGCUCCCUUGCGAGGUUGGCUUGUUUAUCAAGGUGUUAAUGGAGAUGGAUUGUGAUGAUGUUAAGGAUGGAGGUUCUAGAAGGAGGAGAUGUGCUAGCUUUUCUCCCAGGUCUUCCACUUCCUAUCACCAUCUUCCUUCCCCAAGAUCAAUGCUUGCCUUCAACAAGGUUCAUUAAUAUAUACAUAUAGGUUUUUUUUUUUUUUUUUUGUUUUGGUUGAAGUUGAUGUUGUCUAAAGUCUGAACUGUUGGGUUUUUAAUUUCUUUGUACAACUUUGAUGAUCAAUGUCUUAAUUUGUCAAAGACAUUGUUUCACUAUCCUGCAUAUUAUAAGAUCUAUGCAGAGGGAAUGUGUAAUUGUUCGUUGUAUGGAUCAUGUUUUGCCGUUUUGUUUUUGUGUGUGUCACAAAAAGUAUAUUCGAGACUGUAACAAAUUUUGUUUGAAGUAAAGAAGGUUCGUUUGAUGUGAGUUUUUUGUUUAAUUUCGUCGACUUAUAAAAAUAUGAUCAACAGAAAAAUUAUCUAUCUUACUUUGAAUUUUAAGUUUUAUACUAAUUUAUUUUGAAUUUUGAGUUUCAUGUUUUGUAUUAACAAAACUCAAAGUUCAGUAUGUACUAUUUCUUAUUCCAU